AUGUGGUAUCAUGUCUCGGAGCCGAACUCGUACCUCGCCAUCACCGGCGCAGGUAUCGACAAGGUACAGAUUGCGAAGAAGAGCUUCGUGUAUCCAUUCCAGAAAGUCACCAAGAUCAGCAUCACGCCCUUCGACUUCAGCAUGUCCCUGCAGGCCAUGACGAGCGAGAAGCUGCAGUUCUCCCUUCCGGCCGUCUUCACCAUCGGCCCGGAGGAUGAGAUCGAGGCUUUGACCAAGUACUCUGGUGGCAUGGUCGCCACCGGCCGUAACCACGUCCAAGACAUCGUCAAAGGCAUCAUCGAGGGUGAAACCCGCUCCAUCGUCAGCAACAUGACAAUGGAAGAGCUCUUCAACAACCGGCGUCUCUUCAAGGCCCAAGUCAUCGAAUGCGUCCAAAAGGAACUCGACCAAUUCGGUCUCCGGAUCUACAACGCCAACGUCAAGGAACUCCAAGACAUGGGCGACUCCAAGUACUUCGAAAGCCUCGCCCGCAAAGCCCACGAGGGAGCCCAGUCCCAAGCCCAAGUCGACGUCGCCAACGCCCGUAUGAUCGGCCGCGUGGGCGAAGCCGAAAAGGACGGCGAGGCCAAGCAACGCAUCGCCAAAAUCAACGCCAAUACCGCCGUGCUCGAAACCGAACGCAAGGUGGAAAAGGCCAACGCCGAUCAAAAACUCCGCACGCGCGAAAUCGAAAUCUCCCGCGAACUCAACCUCGAGCAGAUCGCCGCGCAGCGGGCGGCCGAACGCAAGGAUGCCGAAUUGCAGAAAGCCGUCGAGGAGAAGCGCGCCGAGAUGGAGCUGGAACGUUUGCGUGCCACGACCGUCACGCAGGCGAAAAUCGCCAAGGAGUCCGCGCAGCAGAAGGCCGACGCGGAUCUGUACACGCAGACGAAGAAGGCGGAUGCGCAGAUGGAGGCCGAAGCAGCGUACGUGGCGCGCAAGCGCGAAGCGGAGGGUCUGAGCGAGAUGGCGAGGGCGUACGGGCAGCUCGCGGAGGUCAUGGGCGGGCCGCAGGGCCUGAUGCAGUUCCUUAUGCUGCAGCAGGGGACGUACGAGCGGCUGGCGGAGCAGAACGCCAGGGCGAUUCAUGGGCUGCAACCGAAGAUUAAUGUGUGGACGACGGGGGGUGGGGAGGGUGGUGGGAGUGGAGCGGAGGGGGCGAUGGCGCCGAUUCAGAAUUUGUUCAAGGCGUUGCCGCCGCUGUUUAGUACGAUUCAGGAUCAGACGGGGAUGACGCCGCCGAGUUGGAUGGCGAAUAUGCCGGUGCAGGCGCAGAAGGGGGAGGGGGAGAAUGGGGGGAAGGAUGCGGCGAGGGUGGAGAAGAAGGAGAUGGCGUUGAUGAAUGGGCAUUGA